GAGCCACUCGCGCCAGGGAGCACACUACUGCCUUCAGCCUCCCUGUCUCGGCCCUUGACUUCUUCAAGCCCAUGGAGCAUUUCUGGAAAGACGCUCUUGAACCAGCAGGGUGGCCCGCCGGCUGCUGAGCCUUCUGCCACGUGGGGAAACAGCUAGCGCCUCGCCCGCGGACACUGACCAUGACCAUGACCCUCCACACCAAAGCGUCCGGCAUGGCCCUGCUGCACCAGAUCCAGGGCAACGAGCUGGAGCCGCUGAAUCUCCCGCAGCUCAAGCUCCCGCUGGAGCGGCCGCUGGGCGACAUAUACGUGGACAGCAGCAAGCCGGCCGUGUACAACUACCCCGAGGGCGCCGCGUACGACCUCAAUGCCGCGGCCACAGCCGCCACCCCCGCGCCGGUCUACGGCCAGUCCUGCCUCGCCUACGGCCCUGGGCCCGACGCAGCCGCCGCCUUCGGCGCCAACGGCCUGGGGGGCUUUACCCCGCUCAACAGCGUGUCGCCGAGCCCUCUAGUGCUGCUGCACCCGCCGCCGCCGCUCUCGCCCUUCUUGCACCCGCACGGCCAGCAGGUGUCCUAUUACCUGGACGGCGAGCAGGGAGCCUACGCCGUGCGCGAGGCUGCUCCCCCGGCGUACUACAGACCAAAUUCAGAUAACCGGCGCCAGAGUGGCAGAGAGAGAUUGGCCAGUACCAGCGACAAGGGGAGCACGGCCUUGGAAUCUGCCAAGGAGACACACUACUGUGCAGUGUGCAAUGACUAUGCGUCAGGCUACCACUAUGGUGUCUGGUCCUGUGAGGGCUGCAAGGCCUUCUUCAAAAGAAGUAUUCAAGGGCAUAAUGACUACAUGUGUCCGGCCACCAAUCAGUGCACCAUCGAUAAAAACAGGAGGAAGAGCUGUCAAGCCUGCCGGCUCCGCAAGUGUUACGAAGUGGGCAUGAUGAAAGGUGGGAUUCGGAAAGACCGCAGAGGAGGGAGAAUGUUGAAACACAAGCGCCAGCGAGAUGACGGGGACGGUAGGAAUGAGGCGGGACCGCCUGGAGGCGUGCGCGGCGCCAGCCUUUGGCCGAGCCCGCUCGUGAUCAAGUACUCCAAGAAGAACAGCCCGGUCCUGUCGCUGACGGCCGACCAGAUGGUCAGCGCCCUGCUGGACGCCGAGCCCCCCGUCGUCUACUCCGAGUACGACGCGACCCGGCCCUUCAGUGAGGCCUCCAUGAUGGGCCUCCUGACCAACCUGGCGGACAGGGAGCUGGUGCACAUGAUCAACUGGGCCAAGAGGGUGCCAGGCUUUGUGGAUUUGUCCCUCCAUGAUCAGGUCCACCUUCUGGAAUGUGCUUGGCUGGAGAUCCUGAUGAUUGGCCUCGUCUGGCGCUCAAUGGAGCAUCCGGGAAAGCUCCAUUUUGCUCCUAACUUGCUGCUAGACAGGAAUCAGGGGAAGUGUGUAGAAGGGAUGGUGGAGAUCUUUGACAUGUUGCUAGCUACGUCGUCUCGGUUACGUAUGAUGAAUCUCCAGGGAGAGGAGUUUGUGUGCCUCAAAUCCAUCAUCUUGCUUAAUUCUGGAGUGUACACCUUUCUGUCCAGCACCCUGAAGUCUCUGGAGGAGAAGGACCACAUCCACCGAGUCCUGGACAAGAUCACCGAUACCUUGAUCCAUCUGAUGGCCAAAGCUGGCCUCAACCUGCAGCAGCAGCACCGGCGCCUGGCUCAGCUCCUCCUCAUCCUCUCCCACAUCAGGCACAUGAGUAACAAGGGCAUGGAGCAUCUGUACAGCAUGAAGUGCAAGAAUGUUGUGCCCCUCUAUGACCUGCUGCUGGAGAUGCUGGACGCCCACCGCCUGCACACCCCAGCCAACCGUGGGGGCACCCCCAUGGAGGAGACGAAUCAGAACCAGCUGGCCACUACCAGCUCUACUUCAGCGCAUUCCUUGCAAAUGUGUUACAUCACUGGGGAAGCGGAGGGAUUCCCCAGCACAAUCUGAGAGCUCCCGGGUACCCUCAAAUUUCCAAGAAUCCCUGCAGCCUUCUCCCCACUUCAUGCAUCACCCUAGCAAAAUUCUACCCCCUACUCACACUCCAGCAUGCACCCACAGCCAGCGGCUUUCUGACACAAGUGGCCGUUCAUUUGCUCGCUCAGUUCUUCAUGGCAUGCCUUCUGUCGAGAACAGCCAAAGUAAUUCCAGGGCUGACUGCUUUGUUCCAGCUCUCUUUGCCCCUUUGCCACAUUAAAGCAUGAGGAUUCCUGUGGCCCUUUAAAGGGCCCGUCCAGUUAAGCCACGUGUUUGAGACCGUGGCCUGGAAAGCACUUUUUAACAGCUCUAAAGAAUAAGCCACAGGAAAGAAUCCAAAAUGGCUCCUUUAAUUGUUGACUUGGAGAGACCUGGGUCAAGGGUUCAUGAGGACAUCUUCUUGUAUUCCUAUAGUAAUGUAUCAUCCUUUCAGUAUAAUAUCUUAAAGCUUCUGCUCUGUUGCAUGGCUGCCACAGAAAAUUCAGUGGCCGUCCAUUCAUUUCCCCUGUAGGAAUACAAGACACAUACAGGGAUGUUAAGGUCCCCUUGCUGUCAAGACUGAAGCAACCUAAUCCUCCACACCUUUGGGCUUACUGAAAGCUCUGCCACUGGCUUUAGAGAGUACUAUUUGCAGGCCACGGAGGGUGGUUACUUGGGGCUUCCCGUGGCUCAAAGGAAAAUACCAAGUUGACCCCAGCUAAGUCCCCCUCAUGCAUUUCAGUCUCCGUAGAUGAGGGAUGAACUCAUGCAUUUUGUUUUUGUUUCUAAAGAAAGCCCUGGACUUGCAGUAAAGUUGGUGGCAGGGCCUGUUCUGGUGUGCUGUCGCCCUGUCAGCAGAGGGUACUCUACUUGGCACUUCUCGUCCGUAACUGGCAUAGCGGGGGAAUUAGCCACAGAGAGCGCCCAACCUAUGUCCGAGGGCAACUUAAAUGAACGGGCACUUUGGGGACACUUUCAGCCCCGGGGCACUGGGCUAACCAGUCAGUGGGCAUGAUUAGUGCAGCUAUUAAAGAACAAGGAAGACAGUGGGGCAGAAAGCAGAUACAACAAUGAGGCUCAGGUCAGUCCUGCUCCAAAGGGCUGUGCUGGGGUCUGGAAGAUGAUGGCGUCUUCUUCAACACUGGAGUUUCUUGCAUUCCUGCGGCCAUCCCAGCAUGUUCUGGGAGGGACAGGAGCUCUCACCCUCAGGCUGCCUGGGUUGCAACCCUUGGUUGGUUAGAACUUAUCCCAAAGUCGGAGUUUGCCCUUGUAAGAAAAUAUCCCCCCAUUCACCCCCCAUCCCAGCUCAUUCCAUCAAGCUCCAUAAGACAAAAGAAUGAGAUCAGAAUUGGGCCACAGGAAUCCUUUGACUUUAAGGCUAAAAGAGACAGGCUCACCCAGCCACAACAGAGCAGCCACCCCCCAGCCUGUGCUUUUCUAGAGCAAAAAAAUGGGUUCUUUUACUCAACUAUAAAGAAAGUUUGGUUUUCCCCAGUGGGUGACCUCAUUGUCUAUAAUUCAAAUCCCCUUUGAGAGGUGAUGUGUUCCCCUAACAACCCAGCAGAGCUGCUAGGGCUUUCCUUGGUUUGCCUCGUUCAAACAGUGGAUUUCAUUCAUUUCCAAUUGCCCAGUAAGCGAUCACCAAAGAACUGGGAAACUGGGAGAGCCAAAAAAAAACAUUUUUUUUUCAUAUAUGUGCAUCUGAAUUUGGGGACAGUUUUAUGUAUCUGCAUCAAGAAUAUGUUUAGAACAUAAUUCUUUUCUUGUUGUUUUUGUUGAAGAAGCACCUUAUAUAGUAUAAUAUAUAUUUUUUUGAAAUUGCAUUGCUCGUUUAUCAGACAAUUGAAUGUAGUAAUUCUGUUCUGGAUUUAAUUUGACUGGGUUAACAUGCAGAACCAACAAAAGAAUUGAGUUUUGUUUUUUGUUUUUUUGUAUACUUUUCAAGCUACCUUGUCACGUAUGCAGCCAUUGAUGUCUAAGGCCUGGUGAUUAUUCAUUUAAAUGAAGAUCACAUUUCAUAUCAACUUUUAUAUCCACAGUAGACUAAAUAGCACUAAUCCAGAUGCCUAUUGUUGGAUAUUGAAUGAUAGACAAUCUUAUGUAGCAGAGAUUAUGCCUGAAAAGGAAAAUUAUUCAGGGCAGCUAAUUUUGCUUUAACCAAAAUAUCAGUAGUAAUAUUUUUGGACAGUAGCUAAUGGGUCAGUGGGUUCUUUUUAAUGUUUAUACUUAGAUUUUCUUUUAAAAAAAUAAAAACAAGUUAAAAAAAAAACUCUAGGACUAUAGAUGAUGUAAUACCAGCUAAAUCCAAACAAAUAGUACAGUGGGGGGGGAUUUACAUUAUUCACCUAAUGUGCUUGUACUCGUGUUAAAGAUACUACUACAUUUGAAAUGGGCAGAGAACAUUAGAAGGCUGGGAUGUUAGCCCAGGAGUCUUAAAUAAUUUUAGAAAUCUCUUUUUAUUCUUCUCUGAAGUGCCACUAAUGGGCAGCUGGCGCUUUGCAGCUGACGUUGCCAUUGGAUAUAGGGCAAACGCUGGAGGACUUUUGCUUGUGUUUUUCUUCCCACUCUGGCGCAAUUAAAAGUUUGAAAGACAUGUUCCACUUGGGGGUUGGGGUAAGGUGGGGAAGUGGGUUCAGGGAGUUGGAGAAUGGGAAAUACAGUAACAAGAACAUUGGAAGUAUUUUGAGGCAGAUCGAUACUGGUGCCUGGGAUUUGCAGCAGGGUGCAGUGCUCUGCUCCUACCCUGUAAAUCACAAAUCAUGUGUUCCAUCUGACAGCCAUUUCUAAAAUGGUGGGAACGGUGCCAGCAGUAAAGUCCAAGGGAAAGCCAGCUGGUCACUGUUUCUUUCAAGCAUUGCCUAGCUCUCGGCUUGCCAUAAUGAUUUUGUCAAAGAGACUAGGUCCUCCAAAGAGAAGAUCCAAUACAGGUGGUAAAAUCCAGCCCCUAAAGAAGUGCAGCCUUUGAUCAGACUUCUCUAAUAAUUCUGCAAAUAUGGCUAUCCAGGCCCUUUGAGGGCUGAACAAAUAAGAGACUUACUGAUCAUUUACUUUUAAUCCCACUGAUGUGUUCUCCCAUUGAAACCUUACACAAAUGAUCACCGAUCUGGGCCAUUGGUUUAAGGUAUCCCUAAAUGAAUCCAGUUCCAAAUCCCUUCGUCUUCAUCCUUCCCAACUCCGAGGUGGACUGGGAAUACUGUGAAUGUUUGCUAGGACUGGAGACACGUGUAAUACUCACUGCAAAUCUGCGUAGGGAAACUAGUUAUUUGGAAAGGAAAAAUAGAGGCCUCCUAGCUUAUAAGGCAACCAUGAGUCUCUUGGAGGCAAGCCUUGGGAGGUUGAGACAGAUUUCAGGGUACACUUCCUAGGUUAACACCCUGAAAACUUACUCUCAGCUGGAGCAAAAUGAAAUUAACUGUGGUCCCAAACAGCCAUUUCUUCAUUGGUGUGAUAAUUCUGUGUUUCUAACUGCAUUUCCUUUCCAUCUGAAUUCAAGUGUGGCCUCUUUAUAAGUCAUUUACAAUUAUUUUCUAAGUAAUUGCUGCCUCUAUUACGGCACUUCAAUUUUGCACUGUCUUUAAGAGAUUCAAGAAAAAAUUUCUAUUCUUUUUUUUUUUUUUU